GUGACAUGGUAGCGCAGCUCGGAUUGGGUCUUGGAAAACAAGCUACUUCCUCACUGCUCAUGUGACUUGUGUUUUCAACAUCACACAGAAGCCAUGUCCAGCAGGUACCAGAUAGUGGUGCAGGGCGAGGCCUCUGAGACAGACUCUGAUGAUGAGGUUUACAUCACCUCCAUGGCUGCUCCCCAAUCUGCCACAGUCGGAGCCAAGGUUCCUGGGGAGGCGUCUGAAACAGAGAGUGAGGGUGAGGAGGAUCAGACGGACAGAGCUUCUACAGUGAGCCAGGAGAGCGCUCAGAUACUCAGGAGAGACCUGCCUCCUCUUAUCGUAGUUAGAGACCAUCCUGAUAUACAGUCCAUAGUGGAAGACAGGCCAAGCCCCACACACAGGCCACAUGGUGACACCCUUUUACAACAGAAGCUGCAGGAAUCUAACAACCGGCUUUAUUUUGACGUGGGACAGACACUACGGCAUGUUUAUGGCAGUGCCAGUAGAGAGGUUCACAGUGCAACAGCUCAGCUGAAUACUUCACAGGGCGCCAUCAUCAGUGCAUCCCACAGCAUCAGAUUAAUCCUGGAUGACCUGAAGGCUGUGUCCGAGAAGAUUGACAUCAUCACCAGCUGCCAAAUACUGCCUGAUAUUAACAUCAGUAAUCCAAACAGUUAUAGCACUCCUGUCCCUUAAAGACAGACAAAUAUAUAUAUAUAUAUAUAUAUAUAUAUAUAUUUUUUUUUUUUGAAAGAUACAUGUCAUGAUGUUUUCAUAUAAUUAUGGGCAGAUUGUGUUUGAAUAUUGAAGUAGGAUUCAAGCUGGAUAAAUCAGUAUGUUAGCCUACCUCAGUGUUUAUGAGCAAUUCCUAUGCAUAUGAGAAAUUAUACACAUAUUUGUAACAUUCACACACGAUUGCGUAUGUAUUCAUUAUUGUAUUGUCUGGAGCUCUGUUAAAUUAGGAUUCUGAGAAAAUAACAGAGUCUAUUAUCUCAUGUUUUACAUAUAAAUAUCCAAUGUUUCUUUUCUAUGUAAAUAUUAACAUAACUCAAAAUAAACCCUUAUGAAGCAUA